AUGAGCAAUUACUUUUCCCAGUUUGUUCCUCACUUCGGUAAUGAUAAGGACAAACUAAAGCCAUUGCAUAUUGACGAGUCGUCAGGAACUACUCCACAGUUGAAGUACAUUAGUGUGUUCAACCCCAGCUUGGUUGGCGAGAAAGAAGAGUCCAGCGAAGAGUUCCUCAAACAGGUGUUAUGUUUCACUAACGGGAAGGACAAUAUCGAGGACCAGGACUCUCGAAUCGAACAACUAAAGUUGAUAGGCCUCAUUCGUGGAGUGGAUUCGUUUGCCAGAAACUUCACCAAGUCACGAGCAAGAACGAACAUUAUCAAGUCAUCCAAGUCUUCGAUCAUCUUGCACAACCUUGAACCCGAUUUCUAUCUCGCGUGCUCAAUUUCGAACACGAGUGGCCUCGUCAAUCAACAGCUUAUCAAAUUGAUCGAAACAGCGCAUCAGUACUUUGUGAUGUUCCACUUACGCUGCAGCUCGAUCAUUGAAACUUACGGAUUGGAAGUAUUACAAAGCACCCUCUUCGAGUACUGGACAGGUUUCCUCGAGAGUUUCAAUUCUCAACUGUAUAAAAUCCCACCGGGGUUCACUUGGACGCAUAUGCUCAACUACAAGGGAUUCUUGGGAUUGCUACCUUUCCCUUCCCACGAUCUGUUCAAAAGGACCUAUAAAAGGUCGUCCAUUUCCUUGAGCCAGACCACUAAGGAUGAGAUCGAUUUGAUUUUUAAGGCUUCACCGCAACUGCAUAGACCCCAGGGUUUGAUUAUUUCGUAUUUCAAUAAAACCACUCCCAAAAAGUAUGGGAUGAUCCACAUGAAUAAUGUGCAUGAUGGCGGCAGUGGCACCAUUAGCAGAGACAGCUUAAUUGACAUUCACAACUGGCUAGAAUAUUAUGAUUACCAUGCAAAACUCGAUACAGAGAAUCUUACAAAGAUCAGCUCGUCGCUGAUAUUUGAAUCCCAGCUAGCUCAGCCAGAGGUGGACUUGGACACGGAAGCUCCUCUGAGCGAGGAGGGUGAUCCUUCAUCUCUCAAACUGGUUACUGUAUCAGCAUUGGAAUUAUUGAACCCAGUCACUUUGACCAACAACUUAGUGGUUCUGCCCUUGAAUUAUACUGUGAACAGUAUGAUCAACAUUGGAGAACAAGUUACAACUACUAUAAGGGGAGUUGGUGAUCACAUCGCAGGCGAUGAAGAGAAUCAAGAACCGGUCGAAGCCCAGACUGAGUCAACCUGGUUGAGCAUGCCACCAUUGCUUAAGAGCCUUCGCCUUGGUGAAAAUCAAUUACAGCAUGAUAAUCCCGCGGUCAGUCAGGGAGGUACAGAGGAUGAAGACUAUGAGGAGGAAGACUAUGGAGAAUUUUUGACAGGGGCGAAGCAGGACAUAAAUGGAGGUACCUCUGUCAUUCACCGAAAGUUGGUUUACUUACCUACUGAAAUUCGUGACAGGAAUGGGGAUUUGAGAGAAGAGCAACGAGAGUAUCUGCUAGUAAUUUUCACCAAGCUGGAUAUAUUGAUUACCUUGAUUUACGAAAGUUCAAACGCACAAUUGGACAACGUAGAGUUCUUUGAAAAUUUAUCCAAAGAGCUCUUGUCUCCUGCAAUCGAGGAGAUUUCCAAUUUAAUAACUGGUGGGAGCAUCAUUGGGAACAGUUUGGGUUCUCUCAAGUCUCUCAAUGGGAUUUUGAAGAGUCCCGCUAAUGAGAUCGAUAGCGAAUUUUUUUUUGUGGUGUAUGACGGACAGGAAGGAUCUAUUCAGACAUCAUUGCCAUACCUACCCAACAUCACAAUUCCAACGUUGAAACUAUCACUCACGGAUAGGGCGAUUGUCAAAUAUCAAGGAGCCAUGUUUUUUCUUCAUGAACAAUUAUCGUCGGUCUUUUUGAUGUCCCAGAACAAGGACUUCUUUAACUCCAACGAAAUGAAUGAAUACUUUCACAAAUUCACCAGCAACAAGACCACCGACUGGAUGUUUUACUACAUCAAGCACAAGGGAAAGUACAUUAUUAUUAUAAAGAAUCACAAUCGACACUCAAAAAGCGCAAAGCGAGCAUCGAUAGCAGCUACUAAUAUUAGAAAGGCCAGCGUGGUGGCCGAGAAUGGAACUGGCUCUAGUGUUUUCCACAAAAUUACCGAUGGAGCGUAUGACUACGCGCAAUUGGGAUUUCUUGACAAUUUGGGGGUGGACGUGAAGUACUGGCUUGAAAGCUUUAGUCACAGUGGCGAGACCUAG